AUGGAGUUGACUUAUUCUCUUACUGCAUGCCUUGCAAUUUUCGUUCUAUUCAUCUUCAACAUUUUGCUAAGAAAACUAGCAUCUUGCGCAAAAAACCAACCCCCAAGUCCACCUUCACUUCCUCUUAUAGGCCACCUCCAUCUUCUGAAAGAACCACUCAACCAGACUCUACAAUCACUUUCGGCUAAGUAUGGUGAAAUCUUGCUUCUCAGGCUAGGCGUCCGUAAGGCCCUUAUCGUCACCUCACCAUCAGCAGUCGAAGAAUGCUUCACCAAGAACGACAUCAUCUUUGCGAACCGCCCUCGAAGCCUUUCAUCAAAACACUUCAGUUACAACUACACCACCAUCAGCGUAGCCCCUUAUGGAGAUCAUUGGCGAAAUCUUCGCCGUUUAGCAGCAUUGGAGAUUUUCUCUCCAGCUCGUAUUGCUGUUUUCACAGGUACUCGAAAAACGGAACUGAUGCUGCUAUUAAGGGAACUGAUGCACAAGUGUAAUGAAGGUGGAGGAUCAACAAAAGUGGACUUGAAGUCUAAGUUUGUUGAGCUUGCUUUCAAUAUUCUUUCGAUGACUAUGGCUGGAAAGAGGUAUUAUGGAGAGAAUGUGGCGGAUGCCGAGGAGGCGAGAAAGGCGAGGUUUUUGAUCAGGGAAAUGCUUGAGAAUAGUGGAAGGUCGAACCUUGGGGAUUAUCUGCCUUUCUUGAGGUGGGUGGAUUUUAAGGGAUUGGAAAAAAGAUUCACAACUUUGAUGCAAAGGCUUGACAAGUUCAUGCAGGACAUGGUGGAUGAGCGUAAGCAACUUUUAGCAGCUGGUAGUAACGGAAGUGCCACCAUGAUAGAUCAUUUGCUCUCGUUGCAAGAAAAUGAACAUGAAUAUUAUUCAGAUGAGCUGAUAAAAGGAAUUAUAAUGGUAUUAUUGAUUGCUGGAACAGAUACACUGUCAAUAAGCCUGGAGUGGGCAAUGGCUCUGCUCCUCAACCAACCUGAAGCCAUCAAGAAGAUCAAAGCUGAGAUAGAUGCUCAUGUUCCAGAAGACAGGCUUUUAGAAGAGCAAGACUUGCCAAACUUGACUUAUCUACACAAUGUAAUCAAAGAGACCCUGCGUUUGUAUCCACCAGUUCCCCUUCUGAUCCCUCAUGAGGCCUCUGAAGACUGUACUGUUGCGGGAUAUCAUGUAUCGAAAGGUACAAUGUUGCUGGUGAACUUAUGGGCCAUCCACAGAGACCCCAAGCUCUGGGAAGAUCCAACUAAGUUUAUACCAGAGAGGCACCAGGAGAGGAGAGACGAUGGAUUUACAAUGCUUCCUUUUGGUGCCGGACGGCGAGGAUGCCCUGGUGCGGGGAUAGGAACUAGGGUGCUUGGAUUGGUUUUAGGAACACUUGUUCAGGUGUUUGAGUGGGAGAGAACUAGUGAAGAGAUGGUGGACAUGACUGAAGGCAGGGGCUUUAGCAUUCCAAAAGUCAAGCCCUUGGAAGCUAUAUGCCGACCUCGACAAGCAAUACUUCAACAUCAUUCUUUAGUGCCACGUUGA